AUGUUGAGAUCAACUACUAGACGGUUUGCUGGGUUUGGAGGCCGUGGUUUGAGACCAGCUUCUACUUUGGCAUUUGUCGAAACUUCAAAAGAAGGUGCCAUCCUUCCAGCAUCAUUAAACACAUUGUAUGCUGCUGGAAACUUGGGCAACCAAAUUGAUGCUGUUCUUGUGGGUUCUAAGGCUAAAGAAGCCGCUGCCGCUUUGCAGAAACUUGAUGUGUCUUCUUUGAAUAAGAUUCUGGUGGUUCCAGAAGAGAGUUUGGAUGACCUGUUACCAGAGAGAGUUACACCAGUGGUUUACGAUUUGCUACAAAAAGGUGAUUACUCUCACUUCGUCGUUCCUGCUUCUUCUGUUGGUAAAGGUUUCUUACCAAGAGUUGGUGCUCUCUUAGAUCUGCAACCGAUUUGUGAUGUCACCAAGAUUUUGGAUCCGAACACAUUUGUUAGACCAAUGUAUGCAGGAAAUAUUUUGGCGACAGUUGAAUCUCAACAGAGCCAGAAGUUGAUUUCAAUCAGAUCUUCUGCUUUCCCAGCUGUUGGUGCUGGUUCUAACAGCGCUGCUAUCGAAACCGUUAAUGCUUCCAACACAGUGAACGGUACGGAAAUCCCACCCAUUAAAUGGGAAGGUGCCAACUUGGUCAAGAGUGAAAGACCAGAAUUAGGUUCUGCUACAAGAAUUGUUUCUGGUGGUCGUGGUUUGAAGAAUAAGGAAACUUUCGAAGCUUUGGUAACACCAUUGGCUGAUACAUUGGGUGCGGCUAUCGGUGCCACAAGAGCUGCUGUCGAUUCUGGAUUCUGUGAUAACUCUCUACAAAUCGGUCAAACCGGUAAGAUCGUAGCUCCAGAAUUAUACAUCGCACUUGGUGUUUCUGGUGCCAUUCAACAUCUCGCUGGUAUCAAAGACGCCAAGACUAUCGUCGCUAUCAACAAGGACCCUGAAGCUCCAAUUUUCCAAGUAGCAGAUUAUGGUUUGGUCGGAGAUUUGAACGAAUUAGUGCCUGAAUUGACUGAAAAGUUAAAACAAUAG